GAUUACCUAGGCUACCAGAGUGGCCAUGUUGAUGAGCGAGAUUAAGGAGGACUGGAUCCAGCAGUGGAAGUCUUUUGUUCUCCCUGCUCUCGCUAGUGGGGGAGUUGACCCUAAAGGCAAGAAGCAGGUGAAGUUCGAUCCAUUGCCAAGCAGCGAGACGGACUACAGCUCUGAUGAGAGUGAGACGAGCAUGACUCAGGAGAUUAGCGAGAAGACGAAACGGUUGUGUAUUGUGGAGAAGAGGAAGCGGGCGGUUGACGCGCCGAUUGGGGACAGCCCACCGAUGGAGACACCUCCGAACCGAGCCGCAGCUCGGGGUGGCAUUACCAGCCGAAUGACUCGUGCUCGAACCAAAGGUGCCUUAACUCCGAUUCUGGCGAAACGGCGAUCGGCCAUCAAGACCCCGUUAUCGAAACUUACGAAGAACCGAAAGACCACCCCACCAAGUGGGAAGUUGACACCUGCCAGCAGGGCGCUCUCCCGACUUCGUCAUCGGGACUCCAUCAUGAGGGAGCUUAAGGAGUGCAACGCUGAAGAACUCCAACGCUUCUGCAAAGAUGAAGGCAUCCCGUACGUCGGCAAAAUCGAUGCGAUCUUCGAUUUGGCUGAACAUCGUGCCACGAUGCAGUUUCCCAGUUUUGUGCCAGCACCGAAGUGAUCCCGACCAGCGAAUCCACGGAGGUCGGAACGGAGGCAUUUGCGGUUGAUC